AAACCUGAGCUACAACAAGUUGACAGAGAUUGAUCCUGCUGCCUUUGCAGAGCUGUCGAACCUGCAGGAAGUGCAACUGAACAACAACGAGCUGACCGCCAUUCCCUCUCUGGGACCUGCUGCUUCCAGUGUCCGCUCCCUCCACCUGCAUCACAACAGGAUCCGCAGCGUUGAAGCAAGCCAACUGAAGCCCUACGUUGCCCUGGAAACGUUGGACCUGAGUUUCAAUGACAUCAUGGAAAUCCGAAACGGCUGCUUUCCACAGGGACUUCACAUAAAGGAGCUCUACCUGGGGAGCAACAGAAUCAGCACCUUGGAGCCUGGUGCUUUUGAUAGUCUGUCACGAUCCCUGCUAACGCUUCGUCUGAGUAAAAACAGGAUCACUCAGCUUCCUGUCAAGGCGUUCAGGCUGCCCAGGCUAACACAACUGGAGCUGAACCGGAAUCGCAUCCGCCUGAUUGAGGGCCUGACGUUCCAGGGACUGGACAGCUUGGAAGUCCUGAAACUCCAGCGCAACAACAUCAGCAAAUUGACUGAUGGGGCUUUUUGGGGUCUGGCCAAGAUGCAAGUUCUCCACCUGGAGUAUAACAGCCUGACGGAAGUGAACAGUGGCUCUCUCUAUGGCCUUUCAUCUCUGCACCAGCUUCACCUCAGUAACAACUCCAUAUCCCGCAUCAACCCCGAUGGCUGGAGCUUCUGUCAGAAGCUGCACGAGCUAAUACUCUCUUACAACAACCUGACCAGGCUGGAUGAGGGAAGCUUGGCAGAGCUCGGAGGACUGCACGUGCUACGCCUGAGCCACAAUUCCAUCAAUCAUAUUGCAGAGGGUGCCUUCAAGGGACUCAAAAAUCUACGUGUCCUGGAACUGGACCACAACGACAUCUCGGGCACAAUAGAAGACACCAACGGAGCCUUUACAGGCCUGGAAAACCUGAGCAAGCUAACUCUGUUUGGAAACAAGAUCAAGUCGGUGGCCAAGAAAGCGUUCUCAGGGUUGGAGGCCCUGGAGCACCUGAACCUCGGGGACAACGCCAUCCGCUCCAUUCAAGCAGACGCGUUUGCCAAGAUGAAGAGCCUGCGGCAGCUCCACAUAACCAGCGACAGCUUCCUCUGCGACUGCCAGCUGAAGUGGUUGCCCCAGUGGCUGGUUGAGAAAGAGCUGCAGUCCUUCGUGGUGGCCACCUGCGCCCAUCCUGAGUCACUGAAAAGCAAAAGCAUUUUUGCCGUCCUGCCAGAAAGUUUUGUGUGUGAUGACUUCCCCAAGCCGCAGAUCAUCAUGCAGCCUGAGACAACAGUGGCCGUCCUUGGCAAGGAUAUCCGCUUCACUUGCUCGGCUGCCAGCAGCAGCAGCUCUCCCAUGAUGUUUGCAUGGAAGAAAGACAACGAGAUGCUGCACAAUGCUGAGAUUGAGAACGUCACCCACAUGCGGGCGAAGGAUGGCGAGGUGAUGGAGUACACCACCAUUCUGCACCUCCGGCACGUCACCUUCGCCCACGAAGGGCGUUACCAGUGUAUCAUCACCAACCACUUUGGCUCUACCUACUCCAACAAGGCCCGACUCACAGUUAACGUGUUGCCCUCAUUUAUCAAAACUCCCCACGACGUCACCAGCAGAACAGGGACCAUGGUACGGCUGGAGUGCGCCGCUGAGGGACCCCCCCCCCCGCAGAUCGCCUGGCAGAAAGAUGGGGGCACCGACUUCCCCGCGGCCCGAGAGCGCCGCAUGCAUGUGAUGCCCGACGAUGACGUCUUCUUCAUCACGGAUGUGAAGAUCGAAGACACGGGUGUCUACAGCUGCACGGCACAGAACUCUGCAGGGUCUGUGCUUGCAAACGCCACCCUGACUGUACUGGAGACACCAUCGUUGAUUCAUCCACUGGAAGACCACGUGGUGUCCGUAGGUGAGACUGUGGCUCUUCAGUGCAAAGCCACGGGGAGCCCAACUCCCCGCAUCACCUGGCUGAAAGGGGACCAGCCCCUCAUCGUGACAGAAAGGCACCACUUUGCCUCAGGCAACCAGCUGCUGAUCGUCAGGAACGUUGUCUUGGAGGAUGCUGGGAAAUACACCUGUGAAAUGUCCAACACGCUGGGGACGGAGCGCGCACACAGCCACGUGAGCAUCUUACAGUCCCUUGGCUGUCGAAAGGACCGCACCACCGUGGGGAUCAUCACCAUUGCCGUGGUGUGUAGCAUCGUGCUGACGUCUCUGGUCUGGGUCUGCAUCAUCUACCAGACCAGGAAGAAGAGUGAGGAAUACAGCGUGACCAACACAGAUGAGACUAUUGUGCCUCCUGACGUGCCGAGCUAUUUGUCUUCACAAGGGACCCUUUCUGACCGGCAGGAAGCGGUCGCCCGCGCAGAAAACCACCACCCGAACGGGCACAUAGACAGCAACGAUGGCUGGUUUGUUACAGGUAUGUGUCAGACCGAUGCUGGAAGGUGUCCAGAUGUGGAAGCUCCCAGUGGAGGCUGCAGACAGCCCAAGCUGUGUAUGGGCUACACUAAAGACGCGUGGAAAACCGAAGAGGUGGCUGACGGCAUGCUUGUUCCAGAUAAGACAGGCUAUGGCCUGCCCGUGGUGUGCACGGACUGCAGCGGCAGCACGGACAGCAUCAACGUCCACAUCUACCCCAAGGAGGCGGAGCUCUACUCCGAGAGCCUUAAGACUGUAGUUGACACCUACCCCAACACACUGAGCAAGGAGCGAAACAGGAAGAGGGGUGCAGGCACCGGCCUUCCUCACCCUCAUCCUCAGCAGUGCAACGGGAUCCAGAGGAUGGAAACAGACGGGACCCACUACCCCAGCAACCACGACAGAAUAAGACCUGCGAGCGCGACCAGCCCGCUGCUGGCAGACACACACGGCUCCUCGCAAACAGCAUCAAAGCCUUCAGAGCUCAACAACCUAAACUUGGUGAGAGCUUCACCAGCAGGAGGGUCACUAAAGCAACUGAAUGUGCUUCCCGAAAUUGCCCCGACGCUACUGGAUUUGCAGGGCGAAGCGGAGGUGAAGCAGGCUCUCCUGUGCAAUGGCCACGCAGCCCAGCCCUGCGACACUGGUCACGAGCUGAAGCCGCCGAGCAGAUCUCUGGACUGA